UAAAACAAAGUUUCAGCUUCUCUUCUGUGUGCGUGCGGCAUCUGUAACGCUGUUCACCCCGGCAGAUCUGGCAACAGUGGACCCCAGAAACUCCAAAGCUCCGGGUUCACAGACUGUUACCAUGUCGCGGGAUUUGUUUCGGAUUGAUGCGCAUUGAAUCAUUUUGUUGUAACAUACAUUGCUUGUGUGUGAUGGGUCCAAAGCACCGAUGCAUUAGACAAAUGCAACAAAUACCAGCCAAACUGUUUAGAUGUAAAUGGACAGUAGAUCUUGCUGAGUGACUUUACCAUGACGGACUGCAGAUUGAACGUUUGGGGACCAGCAGGGGUUUCUCUCUACUUUGUGAUUACAGCUGGACUUCUGUCUUCACUUGAGAGCACAACAACAACAACGAGAUAUAAGAAAGAAACAGAUCCUUCUCUUGAUGGAUUUUCCAGCUAUGAAGUUGUUCAUCCUGUCAGAGUGGAUUCAACUGGACAUUUUCUGUCUAAUCACGUUUCCCAGCAUGCGAGUCGAAUUCGGAGAAGAGAGACGGUGAAAAGCCAAGAGCGUCUGCUGCAGGUUUUCUACCAUCUGCAGUAUGGUGGUCAGGACCUGCACUUUAACCUCACAUUGAAUCCUCAUCUGCUGGCUCCUGGCUUCCUCACAGAGCGCAGAUAUGGUGGUCUUCAAGGGUCUACACUACAUGGGCAUGGACAUUCGCUCUGUUAUUUUUUGGGAGAUGUGUUUAGCAGCACACUGAGCGGGGGUCAAGCGUCUAUAAGCACAUGCAAUGGACUGACUGGUCUGUUCAAGCUUUCUGAAGAGGAAUUUUUCAUUACCCCGUUGGAACCGGAACCAGAAGAGUCCACACCACAGGCCCAUGCCAUCUAUAAGCGGCACACUGGCCAAUCAGAACACCAGCUGGUACGACCGCUGUUUGGGGAGCACACAAGCAAUGGGACCUGUGGGGUCAAAGAUCCUCAAGGAAGUUCAGAGCAGGUGGACAGGAGGAGAGAGCGCUGGGAAAGACGACAGCGGCACAGACGAAUUAAACAGCGAUCAGUAAGCACAGAGAAGUGGGUAGAGACCCUGGUAGUGGCUGAUCCUAAAAUGGUGGAGUACCACGGUAGCAAAGGCGUUGUGAGCUACGUGCUCUCUGUCAUGAAUAUUGUAGCGGGUCUGUUUCGGGAAGCCAGCAUUGGAAAUGCCAUCAACAUUGUGGUCGUGCGUCUCAUUCUGCUGGAAAAGGAUGAGGAGGAUUUGAAGAUCAGCCAUCAUGCAGAUAACAGUCUGAACAGCUUCUGUAAAUGGCAGAAGAGAAUUAAUAUGAAGGGUGAUGAACAUCCAGUUCACCAUGACGUGGCUGUUCUGCUCACCAGGAAAGACAUCUGUGCAGCUAUAAAUAAGCCAUGCGAGACAUUGGGUCUGUCUCAUGUGGCUGGGUUGUGUCAGCCUCAUCGCAGCUGUAGCAUCAAUGAAGAUACGGGCCUUCCCGUCGCGUUUACAAUAGCACAUGAGCUCGGCCACAACUUUGGAGUGCAGCAUGACGGCCAUGGCAAUGACUGCGAACCGAUUGGGAAAAGACCCUUUGUUAUGUCUCCACAGCUUCUGUACGGCACGUCUCCACCCAGCUGGUCUCGCUGCAGCCGCAACUACAUCACACGCUUCCUCGAUCGUGGUUGGGGUUGGUGUUUGGAUGACCCUCCUGUCAGGAAUGAGCUGGAAAUGCAGUCUGCUCCCCCCGGUGUGCUGUACAGCGCUACCCACCAGUGCAAACUCCAGUACGGCUCUGCUUCAGUGCUCUGUGACGAAAUGGAUAAUAUCUGCAGUACUCUUUGGUGUACGGUUGAUUCCACCUGUCAUUCAAGACUGGACGGUGCUGUGGAUGGUACCAAGUGUGGUCAGGGCAAGUGGUGUUUUGAUGGAGAGUGUGUGCCGAUGGGUUCCCAGCCCACGAGUGUGAACGGAGGCUGGGCUUCGUGGAGCGAGUGGUCCGGGUGCACGAGGACGUGCGGAGCUGGGGUUCAGAGCGCCCAGAGGGACUGCGUUAACCCUGUACCCAAACAUGGAGGUAAAUAUUGUCUCGGGGAGCGCCGCAGAUAUCGCACCUGUCACCACGACCCUUGCCCUCCGGACCAGCCCAGUUUCAGAAACAUCCAGUGCAGCCGCUUCAACGUGGUCCCGUACAAGGGAAAGUUUUAUAAAUGGACAAAUGUGAAUAACAGAAUUAAUCCUUGUGAGCUGCACUGUAGACCCGUGAAUGAACAUUUCGCAGAGCGGAUGCUGGACUCGGUCAUCGAUGGCACACGAUGCUACGAGGGCAGCCACAGUCGUGACAUCUGCAUCAACGGUAUCUGCAAGAACCUCGGCUGUGAUUAUGAGAUCGACUCAAAUGCUGUUGAGGAUCGGUGUGGCGUGUGUCAUGGAAAUGGUUCAACGUGUGAAACUGUGAGGAAGACUUUUGAGGACAGUGAAGGGCUUGGUUAUGUAGACAUAGGUGUAAUUCCAGAAGGAGCACGAGACAUUCGUAUUGAAGAAGUCGCGGAGGCCGGGAACUUCUUGGCAUUACGCAGUAAUGACCCUGAGAAAUAUUUCCUGAAUGGUGGCUGGACUAUCCAGUGGAACGGAGAAUACAAGGCGGCGGGAACGAUAUUCACUUACGAGAGGAAUGGACAACUGGAAAAUCUGUCUUCUCCAGGACCAACUAUGGAGCCGGUGUGGAUUCAGUUGCUUUUUCAGGAGACGAAUCCAGGGGUGAGAUACGAGUACAUUAUUAGUAAGGAUACUCUUGUGGAGUCGAACAAUGGAACUCCUGGAUCUUAUUUCCAAUGGAUUUAUGGUGCCUGGACCGAGUGCAGCGCUACAUGUGGAUCUGGUGUACGGAGACAAGUUGUGCACUGUGUGGAGAGAACAUCUGGAAUUGUUGAGGAACAUUACUGCGAUCCAUCGUCUAGGCCAGAUGACAAGCAAAGUAGUUGUAAUAAGGAACCGUGUCCAGCCAUGUGGUGGGUUGGGGAUUGGCAGAAGUGCUCAUCUAGUUGCGGUGACAUGGGCAUCAGUAAGAGGACAGUGCUGUGUAUUCAAAGGGUUGGGCUGGAUGAGCAGAAAGCACUGCAGCCGUCGGAAUGUCAAAACUUGCCCAAGCCUGAAGCAAUUGUCACUUGCAACACACGUGUGCUUUGCCCUGCAGACUGGAUGACUGGAAACUGGUCAGAGUGCUCGGUGAGCUGUGGAGCCGGUGUCCGGUCACGUCAUGUGGAGUGCAGCUGGAAUACCGGUGCAGGCUGUGAUCCAAAAGCCAAGCCUAAUUUAACUACGGCAUGCUUUAUUCAGGACUGCCCCACAAACUCCACCUUUGGUAAUGAAGUGGGAAGUGGAGCAUCCGGCAGAGAAGUAUUAAAUGAGAUAAAUACAAUACCUCAUGACAACCACAUGCCCAAAUCUGGCAUUGGUUCAACUAGGAAUCAGCACCACGGCAAUGAUGACCUCAAUAAUAUUGUAGAAGAAGAUUUCUCACGUUAUAGCCAUGUAGAAAACAAACAUGUUGAUGAUUUUUAUUACGACUAUAAUUUCAUCAGAUUCCAUGAGGAUCUGUCUUACGACCUUGAUAAAGAUGGAAACGAUGCGUUUGAUAACUCAGGAGUAAAACAUGGAGAUGUUUAUUUGAGAGGAACAGAUGUUCCUAUAACCACUACCUCAUCAUCAUCCACCACUGCGGAUGAUCACAGGACCAUCACAGAGGUUCCCUCUGGCAGCAUUACCAGCAGUAAUACUGAAGGUCAUGGGACCCAAAAUUUGAAGGAUGACUUGCUAGAUGAAAAUAAUUAUGAUCCAUUUGCUGAGGACUAUUUCCUUCCUGUCAUUACAACAACUGAACCAUCCUCUGCAGGUACGAGGUUAUUUAACAAUUGGAAAGAAUCAGGCUUUGAUCUUGGCAUAACUCAGGACGUCAGUACUACCAAAAACCCUCCACCAACUCUAGAAACCUUCCAUCAACCUCAGGACAACCAUGCAUUCUCAUAUGAAACUAUGCCAAAAGAUUUUUUGACACCUGGUCCACUUGAAAUUUCUGAUGGGAAUUCAAAUAACAGUGAUGGUAAAAGAGAAAACCAAAAAGACAAAACCACAACGCUUGAUGAAGAGGAAAUUGAUGAAGAUGUUCCAAGUGGUGAAAGUGACUGGGAAAGCUUUCAAAACAGUCAAACAUCUAAACCUCCAUUAGAUGUGUUUCGGUUUGAUACCUAUGAGAACAGACAUUUUGAUUAUCCCUUAACUCCGUCACAAUGGGAUACCACGACGUCUCCAACUUCAAACCCACCUGAGCUACUAAACAGUGCUUCCACUUAUGGCUUUGCAGAAUAUGAAGGUUUCACUGAAUCACCAACAAACGAUAAGGGUAGUGAACAAGUUUUCAUGACCUCGGAUAGCCUUUCUCAAGACUUCACUGCUUCUCCAAUUUCCUCCAACUCAGCCAAACUUUACAGUAGUAUGACCUCAGCAGCUGGAACAACUGCUCUACCUCCUACAGAUGUGGAAAGCGAUUCGGAGCCCUCGCGCUUAACUGCAACUGAAAUUCCAGACGCUGCUUUUAAAACGAACACGGAACAGAGUUGGAAUUUCAGAGCCACUGCACCAAUCAGGACCACCGCACCUGGAGCUCAGGGUCCCAGGACACAGCCGUGGGGAACUCCAGUCCCCUUACCUCGAUGGACAGAGAUUGAUAACAAUGAGAUUAAAAUAGCCCCAUUUCUAACCCCUGCUGGGGUGAACCCAAUGCUCUAUACUACUAUUGAACCACCAUCUCAGGGUACUAGCAGCGAUUCUUCUUCUUCUAGCCGGCUGGUGCCAUCUUCAUCCUCCCCUGCAAACUGGAGAAAAGGCAACUGGAGUGCAUGUUCAACAAGUUGUGGGCUUGGUGCCAUCUGGAGGUCGGUGUCAUGCAGCACUGGGAAUGAAACAGACUGCGACUUGGCCACCAGACCAGUGCCAGCACGCCGAUGCUACCUUAGACCCUGCGCCUCAUGGAAGAUUGGCGAAUGGAGCAAAUGCUCGAAGAACUGUGGCGGAGGAGUUAAGAUGCGAGAGAUACAGUGUUAUGACACGCGAGAUCAGAGGUCGUUAAGGCCGUUCCAUUGUCAGGCCACGACCCCCAGACCUCCUGUCCGAUUGACCUGUAACAACCAGACCUGUUUAGACUGGUACACCUCUUCUUGGGGACAGUGUUCAGAGAUGUGUGGAGGUGGAGAACAGCAAAGGUUGGUGACCUGCCCUGAAACUGGAAAAUGUGAUGACCUGCAGCCCAGCUACCUCCAGGGUUGUAACAUGCAUCCGUGCACACAAUGGGUGACUGGAUCUUGGGGUCAGUGUUCAGUGUCCUGUGGAGGAGGUAUUCAAAGACGACUGGUGAAAUGUGUCAACAGUAAAGCCGAAACGGAGGACGAAAAUGAACAUCUGGAUUGUGAUCAUGAACCCCGACCGAAGAACUCACGCAAGUGUAAUGUUCAAGACUGUGAUAGCGCCCCCUCUGGUCAGCCGUGUUUACGUGACCGUUUGACAUUACGCUUCUGUCAGACUCUACAGUGGCUCGGUCGAUGCCAGCUGUCGUCGGUCCGAGCGCAGUGCUGUAAGACGUGUGAACUAAACUCAAGGGGCAGCGAUCGCACCGCAAGCCGUUGAGAUUCAGGUGGAUUUGUAUGACGACUGUUAUAAGCCUCAAAAACACAUUUGAUCACCAUGCAUUGACACUUAAAACAGCUUUGGACAAAUUCAUCUGGGAGUUCCAAAAAUGAACGCUGUCUUUCUCGAAAAUUUUGAUUUUACAAAAACUUACAGUAACAAAAUUGUGACCCAGUCUGUGAAAACUCAAGGAAGAUCAUGUCAAAGAUUGAAAUCAAUGUGAAAUCAAACUUUGAUGCUUUUAUUGUAAGAUUAUGAGACUUUAGCCUGCAUUUCACAGACAGGCCCAUACAGCAAAAAAUAUAUUUUUAAAUAUAUAUUUCAAAAUAUAAAAUGGCCAAAAAAUAUAAUUGUUGAAAUAUAUUUUUCACCAAUAUAUUUUUUGGCCAUUUGUUAUAUAUUUUGAAAUAUAUAAUUUUUUUAAAGCAUUUAAAAUAUAUUUAGCCCUUAAUAUAUCGCAUUGGAAAUAUAUUCACAUCACAUUGGAAGAAAAAACUUGAAGAACCUAUAAACAUAACAGUUUUAAAAAGAUUAAAAUUAAAUACAUUUUCA